UGUGUUAAAAGAGUAUAUUAUUAAUACUUUCUUUAUAUAUAAAUAUAUUAGAGUGGGUUGUUUUUAUCGGUCUAACAUGGACGCAUAUGGCUCAAAUUUUAUGGUUCAAGCAUCUUUAAUCAGUCCCCAUUAAUUUUAUGGAUUUCAUCUUGUUUUUAUUCGGUUUUUCAGUCUGAUUGUUGUCUUAAAGAUUUAUAUAUUUGACCGAAUUGUUUAUUUGUCCAAUUCUCGGUCCGGAUAAUCUGAUCAUAUUUUUACUAUCUUAUUAAAUAGAAUAUCAAAAAUUUGAUAAUAUAUUUUAGUCAAUUUUACAGCAAAGAUUAUUAGUUUUCACUAUAAAAACACAGCUUCAUGUAAAUUGACUAUAAAGUGAACACUCACAAAAAUAAAUAAAAAGUAAUUAAAUGAUAUGUGUUUUUAUGUGUGUUCAAAAUAUUGUGAUUGUUGGUACAAAAUGGAGCAAUCUUUUGGUGAGUCCAAUAUCUACCAUGUCCAAAAAUUGUUGCUUACAAUGAAUAGAUUACACAUGUUCCUUCAUUCCAAAGCUUUAGGCUUCUUGUUCUAUUACAGAGUGUGCUUUCUUUUCCAAGACACAAUAACUAGGGAAAGCCAUUUAUCAUCCAUGGCACUUGAUUAUCCUCAAGAGAAGCUUCAUGUAUAUCUUUCAGUUUAUGGAUGUUCCCCAAUGACAUUGUAUGGUUUGAGGAAAGCUUUUGAGUUUGCAAAGUGGUGGCUUCCUUUCUGCAGAAGGUACAGAGUCAAGAACAGGUGUCCCAAGGCCUAUUUUUCUGGUUUGGAGAAUGAUGAUUGUGAUUUUGCAAAGAGUAAUGUUUACAUGUCAUAUAAAAAAGAGAUUAAGGGAAAGUAUGGUACUUUUAGAAAAGAGAUUGAGACAUUCAGAAAAGCAAGUGCCUUUUCCAGAGAUACUACCACUAUUGGAGAUCACUCAUCUAUCAUUGAGGUUGGUUUCUUAUAUGAUAGCGUAGUAGAAAACUUCCUGACUGGAUUUAUCUUGCAUUGUAAUGGAUGGACAUCGGUUUUCAGCGAUCCAUCUAGGCCGCAUUUCCUUGGUACAGCUACGACAAAUUUGAAUGAUGUACUAAUCCAAGGCACUAGAUGGUACAGUGGUUUGUUUGAAAAUGGUAUAAUUUGUGUCCCCUUAUAUAUGGGACUAUAAAGAUGCCAUUACUCUAGGGUCUAUGUUUUGCAGAACUCACGUAUUCCCCUCUUUAUUGGUUGCCUCUUUGGUGUUUUGCUAUCAUCCCUCAGCUAUGUCUGCUAAAUGGAGUAACCUUGUAUCCCAAGGUAACAACUUUAAUGAGCUCAACUUCCCAUAGUUUAUACUCUAAUAUCAUAUUCUUACAUAUAUUUGCUUUUAACACUUUUUUGAUAGAUUUCAGAUCCAUUUUUCAUUAUCUUUGUAUUCAUCUUUGGAUCUUCUCUUUCAAAACAUUUACUAGAAGUCUUCCUAACUAGGGGAACACUACAUAAAGGGCUCAAUGAGCAGAGAAUUUGGAUGAUGAGAUCAACUACUUGCCAUCUACAUGUUGAUUUCACACAAUCAAAGCAAUGGUUAAAAACUAUAAUGACCCUGAAAAGAAUCUAAAUAAGGACAUGCAAGCUUCAAUGGAAAAUCACAACACAACAGUACCCAAAUUUAAUAUACCCUUUAUCGUCUAUGCACUUGUGUUAAUCCCUUGUAUUAUAUUCUAAGUGAUAAGUUACAAUACAACAGUUCUAAGCAAAUUGGGAAAUAUCCUCUUGUAAGAGUUAUUCGGAAAAACAACCCCAAACAACCUUUUGUAAUUCAGUCCAGUAGUGGAUUUCCUUCCUUAAUAGCUAAUUGUACUAAGCUAGGAAGUGAUCCACAACAACUCAACUGUAGUAAGCUAGAAAGUAAGGAAGGCUGAACACAGUUAGGUAGACUAGUAGGUGUUCAGUAAAGUAUCCAAAAAACCAUUUUGUAACCAUGUCGAUACUGACUACCUUCCCCAUAGCUUGAUUAUACUAAGCUUGGAAGUUUGCAUCAACAACUUGACCAUACUAAGCUAGAAGGUUGAGCAAAAAUGAAAACACAGACAAGUGGACUAGUAGGAUGUGUUAUUUUUGUGGAGAAUAGUGGAUUAAAUCAUUCGUGUUGAAGAGGCUGGACGUAGCUACUGAGUUGGUAGUGAACUAGAAUAAAUUGCUUUGUGUUUAUCUUUAUCGCUUUUCACCGCUGCUCUUUUAUCUUCACCUAAUGUUUUAUUCGUCGAAAAAGCUUUUAUUGAAACUAAAACACAAUUCAAACAUUUUUUUUUCUACCUUCAGUUAUAGUUGAUUACUAUACGAGAAGGACAUUGGUAAAACUCCUUAAACACAAGGAUGAGUCACAUAAAGUCUUUACUAGUUUCAACAAAAAAGUGCAAAAUGAAAAAGGUUUUUACAUUACAACAAUUCGCAAUGAUCAUGGUGGUGAAUUUAAAAAUAAUCCUUGUGAAAAUUUUUGUGAAGAAAAUGAUAUCUUACACAACUUUCCAUCUUCUAGAACACCUAAGAAAAGUGGUGUUGAAGAAUGAAAAAAUAGAUUUCUUUAGGAAAUGGCACGCAUCAUGAUUCAUGAAAUGAAUAUUGUCAAUCACUUUAGAAAAGAGGAAGUGAACAUUGCAUGUUAUAUUUAUAAUAUAAUCUACAUAGACAUAUUCUCAAUAAGACUCCGUAUAAACAGUGGAAAGGAAUAACACCUAACAUUUCUUACUUUCAUAAAAUUUGUUGCAUGUGUUACGUCUUACACAUAAAAGUAAACCUUGGCAAAUUUGAUUUAUGAUCUCAAAAGUAAAUCAUUUUGGAAUACUCUGAAAGGUUUAAGGCCUAUAGAGUAUACAAUAAAGAGACAUUGAUUAUUGAGGAAUCAAUUCAUGUCAAAAUUGAUGACAAACAAUAUUGCUCUAAAAAGUUAAAGUUAGAUGAUGAUUUUGCAGAUCUGGAGAUAUCAAAAAAACCAUAAUUAUAAGGGAAAUCAACAAAGUCAUCAUCUAACGAAUCAGAAGCAAUACCAAACAACUCCAGAACAAACAACAACGAACCACUCUAUAAUCAAAAUAACUCGGAACCCAUACUUGGAUGGAAAUACAAAUGAUAUCAUCUCAAAUCUUUAAUCAUAGGAAAUGUAAAUGACUCUAUGCCAGGUUUGCGUCUAAAGAAACAUAAAUAUUUGGUCAUCUAUCUGAAGUUGAGCCUGCAGCUAUAGAUGAAUCUCUAUUAGAUGAUAGAUGGAACAUUGACAUGCAAGAAGAGCUAAAUCAGUUCAAAAGGAAUGAUGUAUGGAAUCUUGUACCCUAGUCAAAGGAUAAGAAGUCAAUUGGAACUAAGUGGAUUUUUAUAAACAAGUUAGAUGAGAAUGGUGAAGUGGUAAGAAAUAAAUCUAGACUCAUAGCUCAAGGAUACACUUAAAAUGAAAAAGAUAUGUUCUCUCAAAUAUCACCCUGUUGGAUGCAUUUAUUUGCUGCAUCAUAUGCAAAUGCCAUUAUUAUGAUAAAUACUUGCAAUUCAACAUUGUCUUUAAAGGCUUAACAUUCUCUAAAAACAUGAUUUGUUCCAUUAGGCUUAACAUCCUAAAAAGAACAAUAAUUCAAAGGAUUUACAUCCUGAGGAAUUGUGAAUUGUCAAUCUGUUUAUUGCGUCAUAUGCAUAUGUUACUAUUAUCAAACUCCCAUUUCUUUUGUUUUUCUACCUUCACAUGUUUGGUAGAAUAUUAAAGUCAAAGGAAAUAUAUUUGAUUGUCUUAUCACAAAGGAAAAGAAGGCUGCAAUGACCAUUUGUCUCUAGUUAAACUUGACUGAUCCUCUGACACAAAGUCCAAAAAAGAAAGCUUUGAAUGAAGCCUCUUUUCGAAUCAAUGUCUUGAAAGUCAAAUCCUCUAAUGAACAAAAAAAAAAGAGAAAUUAAUCACUUUGGGAAUCUUGUGUUUGAUGUUUUUGACUUUGAUCAAUGUGCCUCUAGUGACUCAGCUCAUGACAAGCUCGCUCUAGGAAUCAUGUGUAUGACGUUUCGAACUGUGAUCAACGCACCUAUGGUGAAUCAGCUCAUGACAAGCUCACUCUGGAAUCCUGCGUCUAAUGAACAACCUAUGUUUGAUCGUAUGUAUGUCCAAAUACAAGUCCACACUUUGAUAUUGUAAGAUCCUGAAUUUUCUAAACUCUAAUUUAUGCAAUUUUAGU